AAAGCAGCGCGCCAAAUCUACACUCUCUCUCUUCGUCUCUCAUUAAAAUCUCGAGAGAAAAAAAGGGUAUUACUUAGCUAACCUCUCUAUCUUCCCAAUCAAAAAGGCUAACAGAAACCUCAAAAUCCAAAGAAGAGAAGAAGAUAAUGAAGGGUGGGACGGUUCAGAUCAACUGGCACGACACGAAGCCUGUCCUGACCGUCGAUUUCCACCCUCUCUCCGGUACACUCGCCACCGGCGGCGCCGAUUACGACAUCAAGCUCUGGUUGAUAAAUUCAGGCGAAGCACAGAAGGAAGGCCCAACAGCUUCGUAUCAAAAUAGCCUUUCUUACCAUGGUUCUGCUGUCAAUAUCCUUCGCUUCUCUCCUUCUGGAGAGCUACUUGCAUCUGGUGCUGAUGGAGGUGAGCUGAUAAUUUGGAAGUUACACCCUACAGACACAGGUCAAACAUGGAAGGUUUUCAAGAGUUUAUCAUUUCACCGCAAGGAUGUUCUGGACCUGCAGUGGUCUGCGGAUGGUGCAUUUCUCAUUUCUGGAUCAGUUGAUAAUUCUAGCAUCAUAUGGGAUGUGAACAAAGGUUCUGUCCAUCAGAUUUUGGAUUCCCAUUUUCAUUAUGUUCAAGGUGUCGCAUGGGAUCCAUUGGCCAAGUAUGUUGCUUCCCUUAGUUCUGAUAGAACUUGCCGUAUUUACAUUAAUAAGCCUCAUACAAAAGCAAAAGGCAUGGAAAAGAUGAAUUAUGUUUGUCAGCAUGUUAUUACAAAGGCAGAACAGCCAACAGGAGAUGAUUCCAAGUCUGUGAAAAGCCAUCUUUUUCAUGACGAAACGUUGCCAUCUUUCUUCCGAAGAUUAGCUUGGUCACCUGAUGGAUCAUUUUUACUUGUGCCUGCAGGUUCUUCCAAGAUUUCACCUGCAUCUCAACCAGUAAAUACAGCUUACAUAUUUUCUAGGAAGGAUCUUUCAAGGCCUGCUCUACACCUCCCAGGUGCCAGUAAACCUGUUGUAGCGGUUCGAUUCUGCCCCAUCAUUUUUAGCCUCCGGGGUUCAAAUCCGGCUGCGUUCUUUAAGCUACCUUACCGCCUCAUUUUUGCGGUGGUCACUUUGAAUUCUUUAUACAUUUAUGAUACAGAGAGUGUUCCUCCUAUAGCAAUCUUGGCUGGCCUUCACUAUGCAGCCAUAACAGACAUUACAUGGUCACCUGAUGGUCGGUAUUUGGCAUUGUCUUCCCAAGACGGUUACUGUACUUUACUAGAAUUUGAACUUGAUGAACUGGGAUCACCCAUCUCUUUAUCAGAAAAGAAAGCCAUGGUUCAUGAGAAGCAGAGCCCUGUUCAGAAGCCAGAGGACAUGGUAAUUGAUGCAAGCAGGAGUGAUUCUGUUGCAGCAGACAGCACAAAAAUAGAAGCAAGGAAGAAUGAAGGGAAACAGGUUUCACCAAGCUCAACAAUUACUCCCAUCUCAAAUAAAUCAGCUAAGAGGCGCAUCACUCCCAUGGCAAUUGAUCCUUGAUAAGCCCCAUGCUUGCCUCUGUAAAUUUUGAUGUAGUCUAUUUGUUAGUGUUUCAUCUACAGGUUGUAGAUUUAUCAUUCAAAUUUGUAGUGUAGGAUAUAUAUAUGAUAUAUAGAACAAAUUGGAGCUCGGUUAUAGAUGCCCCCCUCCCUCCCCCUUCCUCCCUCUUCAGGAACUACUAGAGUUUUACUUAUGCUAGAUUUUUGGUGAGAGAUCAAGCCAAUUAUAUUAUGUAUUGGCUUCUAGUAUUGAAAAUCUGGUCAGCUUAAAUCAUAUUACGAUGAGUUAUGAAGCUUGUUUGGUCCGAAGAAAUAGCGUGGAAAGCAAACACUAAAACUGGCUUUGAGCAGUCAAGAGUAGAGUACGUUAAGGCCAUACAAGCAUAAGCUGGUGUGUCUCCGCCGCCGGAGGUGGCGGUAGGUGAACUUGAGGCGGUUGUGGAUUGUGAGCAUGGUCAAGUGAUGAGUAUGUUUGGAUGUGUUCUGGUGUAGGUUGUUUUUCCUAAACGUGUUCUCGCUAUUUUUCAUAGAGAAUGGUUGUUUGAUAUGGGAUUUCCUUUUCCUGGGCU